AACUCGACCAAGUACGAGUCAGUCUAGCGUGAGUGGAGGUUUUAUACCAUUUCUUGCCGCUCUGCAAGCUUUAACUGAGCAUAUCCUGAUUCCCCCAGGCAAAGGAAGGUUCUCUCCCACCCAGGUCCAAGCACGAUGCUCAAACAGUCUCUUGCAGCUGUGACCUGGCUCUGUGUUUUCACCGUGGCCUUUGUCAGCCCCCCGGUGUGGCCCCAGAAGCCCCCGAAGCGUAAGACACCUGGACAGCUCAAAGUGGCGGCCUGCUGUGAGGAGGUGAAGGAGCUCAAGGCCCAAAUUGCCAACCUGAGCGGCCUGCUGGGUGAGCUGAGCCAGAAGCAGGAGCGGGACUGGGUCAGCGUGGUCAUGCAGGUGAUGGAGCUGGAGAGCGGCAGCAAGCGCCUGGAGGGGCGCCUCACGGAGGCCGAGGGCAAGUUCUCGGAGAUGACCAACCAGAUGGACAUCAUGCAGCUGCAGGCGGCGGCACAGACAGUCACGCAGACCUCAGCCGAUGCCAUCUAUGACUGCUCAUCCCUCCAUCAGAAGAACUACCACAUCUCUGGAGCUUACAAGCUUCCACCUGAUGACUUCCUGGGCAGCCCUGAGCUGGAGGUGUUCUGUGAUAUGGAGACUUCAGGAGGCGGCUGGACCAUCAUUCAGAGGCGGCGGAGCGGCCUGGUGUCCUUCUUCCAGGACUGGAAGCAGUACAAGCUGGGCUUUGGCAGCAUCCGCGGGGACUUCUGGCUGGGAAACGAGCACAUCCACCGGCUCUCCCAACGGCCAACUCGGCUCCGCGUGGAAAUGGAGGACUGGGAGGGCAACACGCGCUAUGCCGAGUACAGCCACUUCGUUUUGGGCGAUGAACUGAACAGCUACCGCCUCUUCCUGGGGAACUUCAGUGGCAAUGUGGAGAACAGCGCCCUCUCCUACCACAACAACACAGUCUUCAGCACCAAGGACAAGGACAAUGACAACUGCUUGGACCACUGCGCACAGCUCCGCAAAGGUGGCUACUGGUACAACUGCUGCACAGACUCUAACCUCAACGGAGUCUACUACCGCCUCGGUGAGCACAACAAGCACCUGGAUGGCAUCAGCUGGUAUGGCUGGCACGGGGCUAACUACUCCCUCAAACGGGUGGAGAUGAAGAUCCGCCCCGAAGACUACAAGCCCUAGAGGGCGGCCUGUGGGGAGCAGGGCUGCCGAGACGGAGGCACACGGAGGCUGGGCAGCAGCCGGGUGGGAGGAAGAGUGGCUACA